AUGAACAUGAGUCUGCCGGGCCGCAGUUCCUGCUCCAUGCUCAACUGCUUUGGUGAAGAAGGCCCUCCCAGUUUGGAAUACAUCCAGGCCAAGGACUUGUUCCCCCCGAAAGAGCUGGUUAAGGAGGAAGAGUCUUUACAGGUCCCAUUCACUGUGCUGCAGGGUGAGGGUGUGGAGUAUUUGGGCCAUGCUAAUGAUGCCGUGAUAGCCAUCUCCAACUACCGGCUUCAUAUCAAAUUGAAAGACUCUGUGAUCAACGUGCCUUUGAGGAUGAUGGAAAGCGUGGAGAGUCGGGACAUGUUCCAACUUCACAUCAUCUGCAAGGACUCCAAAGUGGUCAGGUGCCAUUUCUCCACCUUUAAGCAGUGCCAGGAAUGGCUGAAGAGGCUGAGCCGAGCCAUUGCCCGCCCUGCAAAGCCUGAAGACCUGUUUGCAUUCGCCUACCAUGCUUGGUGCUUGGGGGUCUGUGCCGAUGAGGAGGAUCAGCACGCACAUCUAUGCCACCCAGGAGACCACGUGAAAUACCGAUUUGAGAUGGAAGUUGUGAGGAUGGACUUCGACUUGCAGAAUGUCUGGAGAGUUUCUGACAUCAACAGCAAUUACAAACUCUGUACCAGUUAUCCUCAGAAGCUGCUAGUUCCUGUCUGGAUCACUGACAAGGAGCUGGAGAAUGUGGCUUCCUUCAGGUCUUGGAAAAGGAUUCCUGUAGUUGUGUACAGACACCAGCCCAACGGAGCUGCAAUCGCACGCUGCAGCCAGCCGGAAAUCAGCUGGUGGGGCUGGCGCAAUGCUGAUGACGAGUAUCUUGUGACCUCCAUCGCCAAGGCCUGUGCCUUGAACCCUGGAGCAAAGAUAGCCAGUGGAACUCCCCACAACGGCACCAGCGAAGGCACUGAGGCCAGCGACACAGACUUUGAUUCCUCGCUGACGGCAUGUUCGGGCGUGGAGAAUGCAGGAGCUCCUCAGAAGCUGCUGAUCCUGGAUGCCAGAUCCUACACUGCGGCUGUUGCCAACAGGGCAAAGGGAGGGGGCUGUGAAUGUGAAGAGUAUUAUCCAAACUGCGAGGUAGUGUUCAUGGGCAUGGCCAAUAUCCACUCCAUCAGGAACAGCUUCCAGUACCUGCGCGCUGUCUGCAGCCAGAUGCCAGAUCCGAGCAACUGGCUUUCAGCCCUGGAGAGCACCAAGUGGCUGCAGCACCUCUCCGUCAUGUUGAAGACAGCAGUUCUGGUCUCAAAUGCAGUUGACCGAGAGGGGCGUCCAGUGUUGGUUCACUGCUCGGAUGGCUGGGACAGAACCCCGCAGAUUGUAGCACUGGCAAAGAUUCUUCUGGACCCCUAUUAUAGGACCAUGGAGGGUUUUCAGGUGCUAAUUGAAUCAGACUGGCUGGAUUUUGGUCACAAAUUUGGUGAUCGCUGUGGGCAUCACGAGAAUGUGGAAGAUCAGAAUGAGCAGUGUCCGGUGUUUCUUCAGUGGCUAGAUUCUGUUCAUCAGCUGCUCAAGCAGUUCCCCUGCCUGUUUGAAUUUAACGAAGCUUUCCUGGUGAAGCUGGUGCAGCACACAUACUCCUGCCUGUAUGGGACCUUCCUGGGCAACAACCCAUGUGAGCGAGAGAUGCACAACAUUUACAAACGCACCUGCUCAGUGUGGUCCCUCCUGAGAGCUGGCAACAAGAACUUCCACAAUCUCCUCUACAUGCCUGGCACUGAGCAGGUGCUGCACCCAGUGUGCCAUGUGCGAGCACUACAUCUUUGGACAGCAGUGUACCUUCCAGCAUCAUCCCCCUGUCCUCUAGGGGAGGAGGGUAUGGACCGCUACCUGCCCCCAGGAUCCCAAAGCCAGGAGUUCAGCGGCAGAUCUCUGGACAGGUUACCAAAGACAAGAUCUAUGGAUGACCUGCUUUCAGCUGGUGACUCCAGCAGCCCGCUGACCCGUACUUCUAGUGAUCCCAACCUGAACAACCACUGUCAGGAGGUCAGGAUGGGCCUCGAGCCCAGACAUGUCAGCACAGAGGGCCCUGAGCUGCACCCCGAGGAAGGCAGCGUGGUGGCUGUGGGAGAAACGCAGCAGGUGCCAGUGGAGCAGGGGAAAACUCACCCCCUGCAAACGAGCAACAACUUCAACAGCCACACUGAUCAUCAAGCGCAUUGCAAGCUGCUUAGUGGCUGGGUGCCUCCACCAGCAAGCAACAUCUUUCCAGAGACAGAAAUGGGAUGGAGGGUGAAUGUGGAGGAUGUAGAUGGCAUCAGCCCAGCUCCAAACAAUCCUGGACAGGAGAAUGUCUGCAGGACUUGUGUCAGAGCUGUGGAGCAGCCUGAAACAUGUCCCUAUAAUCCUUCAAAAGCAACUGGCCUGGAAUCUGAUGGAAGCUGGAAUCUUGUGAAACCCCCCCAUCAAGACACCCUAAAUCCUGCAGUGGGCAUUCCCAGCCAGGACACCCCUGCACCAAGUGUCUCUCCUCAGAACAACCCACGCCCCAUGCCAGGCAUCCCCCAGCAACAUAAAGACACUGGCAAAAGUGGGAGCAGCAGGAGCGGGCACUGGGAGGAAAUGGGCCGGGUGGGGAUGGUGCCGCUGGAGCUGUGGCAAAGGCCCAUUUCCCAGAGCCAGACCAGCGAGUUCUCCCUCCUGGGUUCCAACUGGGACAGUUUCCAGGGGAUGGUGACGUCGCUCCCCGGUGGGGAGACAGUAACCAGGCGGCUACUUUCCUAUGGGUGCUGUAACAAGAGGUUGAGCAGCAAACAGUUGCGGGCACCAGGGCUCUACCUCAGUAGCCAGUGGCCAACAAGAGAAGGUGUGAAACCACCAGUCUGCUCUGGCUAUCCCAGUGCACAUUGUGCAGGCCCUGAAGGGAAGCCCAGCCGGCCAUGGCUACCCUGCCACCUGAAGCAGGUGUCUGGCUCCAAGCAUGUGCCACCAAGCUGCCCUUCCCCUGUGCCUCCUCUCUACCUGGAUGAUGACGGGCUCCCCUUCCCCACAGAUGUGAUUCAGCACAGGCUGCGACAGAUCGAAGCCAGCUACAAGCAGGAAGUGGAGCAGCUGCGCAGGCAGGUGCGAGAGCUCCAGCUAAGGCUGGAUAUACGUCACUGCUGCGCCCCCCCGGCUGAGCCACAGAUGGACUAUGAAGAUGACUUUACCUGUCUAAAGGAAUCGGACAGCAGUGACACUGAAGACUUCUACUCUGAUCACAGUGAGGACUGCCUGUCUGAAGCAAGCUGGGAGCCUGUCGAUAAGAAGGAGACUGAGGUCACACGCUGGGUUCCAGACCAUAUGGCCUCACACUGCUUUAACUGUGAUUGUGAAUUUUGGAUAGCCAAGCGAAGGCACCACUGCAGGAAUUGUGGGAACGUGUUCUGUGCUGGCUGCUGCCAUCUGAAGCUGCCCAUUCCUGAUCAGCAGCUCUACGACCCAGUCCUUGUCUGCAACUCAUGUUACGAUCACAUCCAGGUGUCUCGUGCUAGGGAGCUCAUGAGCCAACACCUGAAGAAACCCAUCGCCACAGCUUCCAGUUGA